AUGUUGCGACAAGAUCUGAUCAAAGCUCAAGAUCUGAGAUUAUUGUCAUCAGGAAUAUUAGGAAAUGUCAUUCAUAACCGGCAAUUCAGCAGAUUUAGAAUAUUGACGACAUUUCUUAACGUCCACACAAAUGCUGACCAAACCAACAAGAAGCUAGCAGACAGUGAAACCAAAACGGAAACUUUUCGUGAUUUCAAGAUUAAGUUUCAUGGUCAAUGCAGUUGA